CUAAACUGGAAACUCUGGAGGACGUGAUUCUUUUCUGCGCAUCCUGAAGGUGACUGUGUGUAGACAUGCAGCCUACCCUCCAAUGUUUCGGGGUGGGUGUGGUCUUGUUAUCUUUGGCUCCGCCCACCAUGUCAUUCUCCCGCGGUGCGAGCCACGUCUCUUGUCGGGAAAUGAUUCCCGGCCACAUCAGCGCCCAACCCCAGGACCCACAGCGCAGCCAUGUCACCCUGCACACAUCUGCCUCUUCUUACCUGCCGGGACAGUUAGUAACAGUAACCGUCCGAAGCUCUCGGGACUUCAUGGGUUUCCUGCUCCAGGCUCGCAGUGUGGAGGGUGCCGGGGUCAAGGCUAGAACUGGCGUUGGAGUUGGAGCUGGGCUCAGAUCUACGAGAGUGGGCCCAGUGCUGCUGGGCGGCUCCUGGACGCUCACUCCCCCUGGAACUCACACCCUGCGCUGCCUCUCGGAGGGUGACACCCUGACACACUCUGACAAACAGCUGAAGAGAAAUCUGUCAUUUGUGUGGAAGGCUCCUGAUGCACCCAUGGGAGACAUCAAGUUCUACAUCACGGUGGUGCAGUCUUAUUUUGUGUACUGGGCAGGUAUUGACUCUGCCGUGGUGCAUGAUGGGAGUCGUAGUCCUUGGAGUGGGAGUAACAUCACAAAGGUGGAUGAAGAGAAUUCAGAUUUUGUGCUACAGCAAGAUGAAGCUCUGCCAGGUAUGCAAUUUGUUAAAUUAUGAAUACAGAAUAUCUGAUGGACAGCUUUGUACCCCUCUGUUUACCUGUAGUUCUACAUUCAGUUAGUUACAAGUGGUAACUCCAGGCCAAG